UUUCAGGGCAUUUUAGUAAACUUCUAUCUUUUCUAAUUCCUUCGUCAGCCCAUUCUAUCCUGAUGUUUCAGACGGCUCUAGAAUCCUCCUACACGGCUUUCAAGGACUUCAUCCCCGAAGAGUUCCGCCAUCAACCUCGAAGCAUCUAGGUCGACAAUAAGUAUCCUACGUCUAGAAAACUUCUACUUUCAUUCUUUCUUACGUCUUCCCUGGUCAUCUUCUUUCUUCACAAUGGCUCUUCGGUCUUCCUCACUUCAAAAACUGUAACCAUCUAGAUUCAUUUGCUUUAUGGAGAAUUCCAACCACAAUUUUAAUCUCCACCCUCCAUAAAAUCUCAAGUAUCCUAUGUCUUCCUCUCCAUUAGCUCAUUCGAUUUUUACAAGAAUGCUCCAAUUUAUUGCAUUACACCAUCAAUAAUCCCACCAUGCAGGUUUCUUUUUUGAUUGAUCAAUUGUAUAGCGUGGGUUGAACUCUGGUAUAACACUACGUAACACUGAUCUACAAGAAUGACUCCAUUUGAAGGGAUUUAAGGUCGACCGCCUCCUUUGCUAAGAUCUUACAUGGAUGUGCAGUCUCCGUUGGUAGAAGUGAAAGUUCAGCUGUGUGACCGUGAUGAGGUUUGACAGAGUGAGAAACAUCCUUCAGGGCCAAGAGAGAAGCUUAUUGAAAAGAAGUUCUACCAUAAAUACCCAUCUCAAGGAUUGUAGGUAUGAUAUGAAUACUUUAGUUGGUGUUCCGCUUGCAUUAGCGGCUACCUCACUUUUGUUUGAUUGUGAGUUCUUCCAUCACAGUUUUUAUACAACGUCCAACAAAUAUCUUAAGCCUUCCAUAUACCAUUCUCUCCAUUUUCUAAAACAUUGUUUCACCAAUGGGCACAUAUCUAUGCCUCUUGAAUCCUCAGGGGUUUAUCUUCAUAUAGUUAUAAAGUUCAAUCACAUGUAUAGUCUAUUGGAUUUUCACGAUCAAACUGAUGUGUCUAAAUUGCGACUCUAUUAGUCUUAUCGAUUAUGGAGUAUAUGUUAAAUUUAACUCUUAGCUCAGGCUCGGUCGGGUUUUAACUUGACCUAGAAAUAACAUGUACUACCUCCAUCCCAUUAGAAGGUUCUCGUCCACUAUUUGCAUGGUCAACUUAAAUCUUUUUUAAUCGUUUACUUUAUAAAUCAAUUUUUUAUCAAAUUUACAUUUUUUUAUCAGCCUUUGUAGUGGUUUUAAUGUAGUUUCUGAAUAUAUUAAUUUUAUUUACUAAAACUAAUCAGAGUGUGAACAGGGAUUAAGUUGCUUUAUCGUCAGUCAAGCAUCGUAAACCGUUCACGGGAACCUUCUAGCGGGACGGAGGGAGUAAUAGAUUGUGUUAUACAACUUCAUGUCAGAACAAGGCUCAAUAUAAUCUGUCUGGUAUUGAAUUUUUGACACCCGAGUUUGGGUCGAUUUAAACUAUCCAACAAGAAGUGAAAAUAAUCUUUUUUAGUUAGUCCUUUAAUUACGAUAAACUGCGAGAACUAAACAUUUAAUUUGAGGAGUGAAUAUCAUGGUUAUACACUUAUACAAUUUAGUUUAGUUUAUACUAUUCAGUUUGGUUAAAAAUGGAGUUUUGAGGAGUGAAAUUGUGUAUUUCUUAGUUUCUUUCAUACAACAUCUCGAUUGUAGUUUGAGUAGUUUGUAUACUCAGUAGGUUUUUGUUGGUUACUUCUGUAGUUCAUGUCGGUUAUAUAUAUAUUCUAGAAGAGACUAGAAUAUAUAUAUAUAUAUAUAUAUAUAUAUAUAUAUAUAUAUAUAAAAACUUCACUCCGGAACAAGGCUCCAUGAAAUCAGGCUGGUAUUGAGUUUUUGACACAUGGAUUUGGGUCAAUUUGAACCAUCCACCAAGAAGUGCAAAUAAUCUUCUUUUUUAUUCAAUCCUUUAAUUAUGAUAAACAAUGAGAACUAAAAGUUUAGUUUGAGGAGUGAAAAACAUGGUUAUACAAUUUAGUUAGUUUAUAUACAUGUUUAGUUAAAAUGUGGAGUUUUCCCUUUAUAAUACCAGUUUUUUUAUGUAACACGCUAAACAUUGUUAACUAAAUGGAAUUUUUUCUUUCACUUUCGACCUUAAUUUGAAAUCUUUAAGAUUAGAAGAGGUGAAAAUGAAGUUCUUAUACUUCAAUCCAUACUCAUUACUUUCUUUUAGGUAUAAUUCUUUUAGUUUUAUACUUUAAACCAUAAUGGUAGCUAGAGUGUUCAUUGAUAUUGGAAAGCCCACUAAAUCCAUCGGAAAGCAAAUCUGAAAUUGCGUAUUUCUUACUUUCUUUCAUAAAACAUCUGAGGGUAGUUUGUAUACUCAUAGGUUUUUAGGUGUUAUGUAUACUUAAUAGGUUUUUUGUUGGUUACUUCUGUAGUUCAUGCCUAUUAAAAUCUAUUCUAGAAGACUUUUUCGCUUGCAUCACUUCCGAGGAGAAGUCAUAUUGAUCAGAUUGACAAUUUUGAGCAAAGGAUUCAUACCGAGUCACCAUAUGCUCCACAUAUUUUCUUCAUUUGAUUAGAUAGAGUUUUUUGCCAAUCAGUUAACAUCAUUACAGAAGUUUCAUACAACACUAACAAAAUAUCAUAAUCACAUAAUGGUGUUCUAGAAAGUUUUGGGGACAAAGUUUUCUUUCCUUGAUGCAUUUCUUUUAUUAUCUGGGAAACUUGAUGGCAACAUUGUACAAAAUUUGCAUUAUGCUCUUGAUUGUGGUUAAUAUACACGAUCAAUAGAUAUGCAACAUAGAAGAUGUUUGUGACUAACUUUUAAUUUGUUUUUAAAAUUUUUGGAUCGUAGGACGUUCAUGUGCAAGAUGAAAUUUUUCUUUCCUAUUUGCGGAACUGUAAAAUAUGCAUGAAUUAUCAAUUGUAAUAGCUUUGGGCAGGACUCUAAGCACUUGCUUUAUUGGAGUCUUUUUUCUGAAUAGAAAAACUUUCAAUUAUGUUAUGAGCACUUGCAAUUACUUUAUGAUUGAUCGUCUAAUGAUGGGAGGAGGCAAGCCUCACACUCAUUUAUUUUUGCAUCUAGAGUAUUCUCUUUGAUGUGUGUGGAUUAUAUUUAGAUGUUAAAAAGAUCGACACUUGCUUAAACUCAAGAAUGUGUAUGAAUAUUAUUGCGGAUGAGAAUGAUAUAU